AGGAGGCCGGAGUCAGGAGGCCGGAGUCAGGGCCCCUCGGCGUCGGUGUCCCUUCGGGAGCCCGACGGGAUGGGGCGGCGGGCGCGUCUCUUGCUGUUGUUGUGCCUCGUGGUGCUUUGGGCCGCAGGACUGGCCGCCGCCGAUGAAGAGGGAAAUCAGGAUGAAUCACUGGAGUCAAAGACUUUAUCUGCAGAGGACCAGGUAAAGGACCAUUCCACAGGAACUCGAGUGGUAGCAGGUCAGAUCUUCCUCGAAUCGGGGAAAUCAGACUCUCAGUCAGAGGACGAAGAGAACUUUCACAGUCAAGAGGAGGAAAAAGAAAAUUCGCUAGAAGAAUUGAACUCUCUAGAAAUGUCAAAUCUAUUAAAUAAAGACUUGGAAGAAGCAGAAGUACAGAGUCCAGUUUUGACAGCUAUAGGAGGCACUGCAGAUGGUGAACCUUGCCACUUCCCCUUUUUGUUCAUGGAGAAGGAAUAUCCAGAGUGCACUGCAGAUGGGAGGGAAGAUGGCAGGCUUUGGUGUGCAACAACCUAUGACUACAAGAAAGAUCAAAAGUGGGGCUUCUGUGAAACUGAAGAGCAGUCUAAUAAGAGAAGGCAGAUGCAAGAAGCUGAGGAUGUUUAUCAGACUGGAAUGAAAAUCCUUAAUGAAAGUAGUAAAAAGGCUCAGAAGAAAGAAGCGUAUCAAUAUCUUCUGAAAGCAGCUGACAUGAAUCAUACCAAGGCAAUGGAGAAAGUGUCUUAUGCUUUGUUGUUUGGGGAUUACCUGAAGCAGAACAUACAAUCAUCAAAAGAACUAUUUGAAAAAUUAACAGAAGAAGGUUCUCCUAAAGGACAAAUGGCUCUUGGAUUUCUAUAUGCAUCUGGUCUAGGAGUCAAUUCUAGUCAAGCUAAGGCCCUGGUGUAUUACACUUUUGGAGCUUUAGGAGGAAAUCUGAUUGCCCAUAUGAUCUUAGGUUACCGGUACUGGGUUGGGAUAGGAGUCCUUCCAAGUUGUGAAUCUGCUCUCACUCACUACCGACUUGUAGCUAAUCAUGUUGCUAGUGACAUUUCUUUGACUGGUGGCACAGUAGUUCAGCGAAUUCGCUUAGCAGAUGAAGUAGAAAAUCCAGGAAUGGCAAGUGGUAUGCUAGAAGAUGACUUGAUUCAGUAUUACCAGUUUUUAGCAGAGAAAGGAGAUGUACAAGCACAGGUUGGCCUUGGACAGUUACACUUACACGGUGGAAGAGGAGUAGAGCAAAAUCAUCAGCGAGCAUUUGAGUACUUCAAUCAAGCAGCUAAUGCUGGCAAUUCACAUGCUAUGGCUUUUCUAGGAAAGAUGUAUUCAGAAGGAAGUGAUGUUGUACCUCAGAGCAAUGAAACAGCUCUUCAGUAUUUCAAGAAAGCUGCUGAUAUGGGUAACCCAGUUGGACAGAGUGGAUUAGGAAUGGCUUACCUUUAUGGAAGAGGUGUUCCAGUGAACUAUGAGCUAGCACUGAAGUAUUUCCAGAAGGCUGCAGAGCAGGGAUGGGUUGAUGGACAGCUUCAACUAGGUUCCAUGUAUUACAAUGGCAUUGGAGUAAAGAGAGACUAUAAACAAGCCUUGAAGUAUUUCAACUUGGCCUCCCAGGGUGGCCAUAUUCUUGCAUUUUAUAAUCUGGCUCAGAUGCAUGCUACUGGCACUGGAGUGAUGCGAUCCUGUCAUACUGCUGUUGAGUUGUUUAAGAACGUAUGUGAACGGGGGCGUUGGUCUGAAAGACUUAUGACUGCCUACAACAGCUAUAAAGAUGGUGAUUCAAAUUCUGCUGUGGUUCAGUAUCUUCUUCUGGCAGAACAAGGCUAUGAAGUUGCACAAAGCAAUGCUGCUUUCAUAUUUGACCAGAAAGAAGCUAGCAUAGUAGAAGAAAAUGAAACCUAUCCUCGAGCUUUGCUUCACUGGAAUAGAGCGGCUUCUCAAGGAUAUACUGUUGCAAGAAUUAAACUUGGAGAUUACCAUUUUUAUGGGUUUGGUACGGAUGUCGAUUAUGAAACUGCAUUUAUUCACUAUCGACUGGCAUCAGAGCAACAGCACAGUGCUCAAGCAAUGUUUAAUCUGGGCUACAUGCAUGAGAAGGGGUUGGGCAUCAAGCAGGAUCUUCAUCUUGCAAAACGUUUCUAUGACAUGGCAGCUGAAGCAAGCCCAGAUGCUCAGGUUCCUGUCUUCCUAGCUCUUUGCAAGCUUAGAGUGAUCUAUUCCUUGCAGUAUGUACGAGAAAUCAAUAUAAGAGAGUUAUUCUCAAAUGUUGAUAUGGACCAGCUGCUGGGGCCUGAGUGGGAUCUUUACCUUAUGACCAUCAUCACCUUGCUUCUGGGAACAAUUAUAGCUUACAGACAAAGGCAACAUCAGGCAAUUCCCAGACCAGCAGGACUGCGGCCAGCUGUGCCUCAACAAGAGCCACCACCAGAACAUCAACCACCACAAUAGCAACAAAAGCCUCAGUGAAAAAACUGGAUUUUUUCCAAAAGGAACAAUUUUCAUUGUGAUUUAGGACUUUGGAUCAAUGGUCCCUCCCCCAAAAGAGGCGCAAAGAAGUUGAGGAAAACAAAAAAAGUCUGAAAGCUGCUUAGAAUGUUGCCUUUUUUCAGGGAUAAGAAAAUUCUAUUGAAACUGAUCUGAAUGUUAUUUCAGUGCCAAUGGAAUAACACUAUGGCUUUUUUCAUGGAAACACAAGAGUGCUACUACAAAAUUGUUGCCUGCUGUAUCUAGUUCCUCUUUAUUCAGAGUCCUUUUCAUCUCCUAGAGAUAGCAGAAGGCUAGCAAUGAAAGGCUUUUGCCUGCUUGAUAGCAGUUGCCCUCUGUAAAAGUAAGAACAAUUUUAUGGCCAAUUCAAGUCCCUAGAAGCUGAAUGAUAUUGAAACUCUAAAAAUACUAGAGCUGUAUAAAUUUAUAUUCUGAUCUCCAUCCGAAGUAUUUCUACAAUCCGUAUUUAAUUUUCUUAGUAUUUCCUACACUUUGGUCUUUUAUUCUGCCAUGGGUGGUUUAACAUGGAUUAUUUAUAAAUUCUGUAAAACUAGCCAGCAAACAUACAACUCUCUAUUUGUGUUUUUUUGUUUUGAGGAGUUUCUCUGUUCCCCUUAGACUAGACUAGACAGUUCUCAGCAGACAGUAUGUAGCCCAGGAGGCAGACUGGGACAGAUUGGGUCUGUAAAGCUCAUCAGUUGAGAACUAUCCACAUGGUGCCCAGAUCUUGCAUCCUUCUAGAGCUUUUUUGGAGCUUGUGUACUUGGCAAUACUUUAUAACAUAAAACCAAAUUGGUAGUGUUCCUAAAUUAUUUAAAUUUACAAAGAGGCUGAGUCUAGGUUGCAGAAAGCACCAGUAUUAUUGUGGACACUGGAGACAGGACAGAGCCAGAAAUCUUAGUGAAUUAGCUUACAUUUUUGUUUGGUUUUAGUGGUGGAAGUUUUGUGUUUAAUUUUCAGCAAUCCUGUAAGUGAUCGGCACUGCAACAAGUAAAAAUAUGGUAUCUCAUGAAUGCAUCUGUUUAAUUCAUCUACAAAAAAGGGCCCCAAAGAUCUUUACUAAAUGCCAGUGAUGCUACUCCAAAGUUUGGCUGACUGAUAAAAAUCGUAUGUUAAAUUACAUCAAUGCUUUGGCUGUCUCUAACCUCUUUUGUACCUGGCAUACAUGAGAAAGUCAAAAUAACAUUUGGUUGUGCCAUCUGGAGGUUCCCUUCUAACAAGAAAACCCAAAGAGAAAGAUGACUAAUGGUUUGUGGCUUUCUGAUACCAUCAGGUCAUUGCAGAGGCCUUUUAAUGAAUGUAAAGAACAUGACCUGUGGACUGUUUUUGACUGCAAGUGGAAUCUUCACUUAGUAAUGAUUUUUGUUGACUUAUAAUUUCAGGAUUUGGGGGUGGGAAGCAGUGGGGAGUAGCUUAAAUGCAAAAAAAUGAAGUUUCUGUUCUUAUUUACUAAUGGCAGUGAAAUACUUGUUUCAGUACUAGCAUUAAAUCCUCUAGUGUCUUAAAGCUGAAUGAAAUACAAGUGAAAAUGAGGAGACUUUAGCUGCUUUAUGAAAAAGCCUGUUGUGCUUAAAGGGUUAAGGGCUUCCUUUCAUGCAAUUUUUUUUUUCCAGUGGUUUGGCAGCACCAUAUCAGUUCAGUUUAUUUAGAACUGAGAUUUUGUUAUGGUUUCAUACUUAGUACAUUUGCAAGGAGACCAUUGCACAAUAGAGCUGUAAUUUGGGAAAGGAGAUUAGAAAGACACCCUUUUGUAAAUUGGAAUGUCAUGGAUAACUAGUAUUAAAAGUAUAGGUAGAACUUCACAGUACUUUAAAAUGCUUAUGCUGGUCAUGUGAACAUGAAUCUUUUGUUUUAGUUUAGAGGGUUGCAGCAUGUGAUAAAGAAUGUCUUGUUCAGUCUUAAUCAUCAUUAGCAAAUGGAACAGUAUUGAACUUUAAUCUGGUGUCUAAAGUGUACAGCACUCCCCAGGUGCAUUUCUAAAAUGUGUGGUUUCUGAACACUCCCUCUGAAGUAUUUUUGCCUCUGUCACUUAACAGCUUUUUUUUCCCUUUUUUUUAGCUUGGCAUGAAUAAAUUAAAGAUUGUAUGGAAAAUGUUUUUCAGUUAAAUAACAUUGAUUCACUGGUAUUGGUCUCUUAGGAAAUUUAACAAUUUUGUUACUGCAUUAUUAAAAUGUUUUGGUGGUUUGAUCUACUAGAACUAAAUUCUACAAGCUCUGUACUAUUUGCAUGAGAAUCUCUCGUCAUUGCUGCUAUGUGACAGUCUUAGAGCUGACUUUCAGUGAACCUGAUGCAUUUUUACAUCCCAAGAAAUUGGCAGAAGAAAACUAUUGAAGAUCAGCAAGUUCUUUCACUUUAAAGAAUUGCCUUUUGAAGAAGCAAUAAGGAAGUCUUUCUCCUGCUUUUUUCCCUUCCAUCAAAUUAUUACCACUAAUUUUUCAGAUGACAUUCAUUUGAAUGAAGUGGUAGUAGUAGAAAGGUACUUACCAUACGUAAUGGUGAGUUAACUCAGGGAUUAAAGAAAUUAAUAAAUUCAAAUCAGUUAUCUCCAACAUGAAUGAAGUUUUUGUGACAAUCCCUUGCUACUCUGUUCUGAAACUUGCAUUUGAGGGUAGUUAAUUCUUACUAGCAAUAUGUUUCUUGUGCACUCAAUUUUUUCCUAAAGGAGCUGGGUUGCUCAGUUUACUGCAGUGAAGAACUUGUUCCCUUUUGGUAGCAUACACGUUGUCUUGCAGUUUAUAUGCAGAAGUAUUUUAGAAGGGAAACUUGAUUUAAGAGAAGCCUUUCUGGUUAUGUUCAGCAUGCUUUGAAUGGAAAGAUUGUAUUCUUUCUAGUAAUGUAGGCCAAAGCUUGCCUAUGUGACCUUCUUGGACACAUGCUCUUCUUUGCACAGAGCAUGAAACAGUUACAGAGCAGUAGACUGGUGUAGGUGGGAGAUUUAUAUGUAGGACAACUGUGGAAAGAUACGGGGAAAAUGUCAUUCUGCAUCUCAAAUUAUUAAUCAGACACACUUGCUGGUUGAAAAAACGCUGAACUGUUGAGAAAACAGGAUUGUAGUUCUCACUCUGAAACCUAUCCCAGAGCUGUCUGCUGAAAUACUUCUGGGUUUUUGUUUUUUGCUUUAUAUUGUCCAUUGUGGCACAAUGCAACAGAAGAUAAGGUUUUUGAUGCAAACAUCUCAAUAAAACUGUUAUGAGACAGUUUUACUUAGUUUUUAGUCAUCUUAAGUCAGCUGCUCUUAAGAAAAAACACAACCAAAAACACCCAGCUAUCAGGUGUUACUCUGGGGAACAUUAAAACAUGGAUUGCGAAAGGACUUUUAAGACUAUGCAUUACCUAAUUUACACCUAUUAUGUGCUAGUUUUGGCCUAUAAAAGGGGAACACACUCACCUCUGCAAGUUGCUUCCUUUUUCGAUAGGCAACAAUGAACUGAAAUUCUAUUUUUGUUUCAGAGAAUAUUAAACUAAAAAGAUUUAGUUUGAUUUGAACUACUGCAAAUGCAUACGGCAAAUAGGAACUAUUGGGGGGAGGCCUUUGUUUUUAUCAGCUGCAGUUCUUUAAAGGGUCUUGUGGGAGUUUUGUAAAUUUAUUUUGUAUUUAAAAUCAGUAUAAAGGCUGGUCAAAUGUAAUAUAUUUGUGUAAACAAAUUCUGUUAAUAGAAAGAUGUACAGAUUCAUUUUGUACUGUAUCUUUAAUCUUGUGAAAUAAAGAUACCACCUAUGUGGUUACCCUCAGUGUUCACAGUG